AUGGAUCCGUUAUACAUUCAACCUCAUUUUCCUUUUCUACAAGUCUCAAUACUAGGGUAUGGCUGCAUGGGGCUUACAGGUAUCUAUAACAAUCCUCUCCCUAAGGAAGAAGGCAGCAAAGUGCUAAAGGAAGCUUUUAAUAGAGGAGUUACAUUCUUUGAUACUGUUGAUGUAUAUGGGGUUCAGCAUGCUAAUGAGAUACUAGUUGGGAAGGUUCAUCGUGUACUUGCGGACAUAGUUUCAGCUUCAGCUAAUGCUACACCAGGACUUGGGAGAUAUCCUCCAUUUGAACGAGAGGUGGUGACAAUUGCUACAACAGCUCUGGAGGGGUAUAAGAAUGAUGCAAAGGCCAUGGUGAUUGCACUUGUUAUCAUUUUCUUAUGUAAUAUCGGAACUAAUGGCUUACCUGAUAACAAAGAUUGUUCUCUGAUAACAAAGAUCCAAAAAGUAGAUAAGUAUCCCACCCUUAAUCAGGUUUGGUCUGCACCAAAUUACUGCUAUCGGUGUGGCAACAUGGCUUCAAUUUUGAGCUUUAGUGAAAACAUGGAGAGAGAGGUAAAGUUUUUCACAGAAACUGAAAAAAACAAUCAGAUGAUAGGACCAAGGACAGGGGUACCUUACUUUUUAUCUAUUGGAGAUAAAGAUGUUGAGGAGUUCAUUAUUCCAGUUCCUCAUGUCAAACAAGUGAAGCUAUCUUCUUCUUGUGGGUGGCUUGUAAUUUCAAGUGAUGGAGUCUGGAAUGCUCUUUCCACUGAAUCAGCUCUGGAAUGCAGUCACGGAUUGGUUCCGGAAUCAGCAGCAGCACAAAUUGUCAAAAGGAAAGUUGGCAAUGGGAAUGAUACUCGAUUUUGGCUUGAUGUGUGGUGUGGAGAUGUGAUUCUAAAAGCCCGGUUUCCGAGACUCUAUGCUUUGGCAACUCAUGGCGGUAGUAUGGUUCUUAGUUCGUUUCAAAUCACAGAUCGUUUAGACUCGUGGUCUUGGGAGUUUGGCGAUGAAGAUGUUUUCAUGGUUAAAUCUCUUAGAUUCCACUUGGAUCAUCAUAUGUUGCCUAUUGGUGGUGGAGUUACAAUAUGGAAUAAGUGUGUUCCUAUUAAAAUUAAUAUUUUUAUUUGGAGAUUGGUGCUUAACAGGUUGCCGACUAGAUCUAAUUUGGCAAAACGAGGGAUUGAUGUGGAAGCCCCAGAUGGUGAUGUAAUAGAUUGUGUUUUGUUUCAACUUCAACCAGCUUUUGAUAAAUAUCCUAUGCUGAAAACAACCAUGCCCAUGGAUCCACCGAAGAUACCAAAUGGGAAUAAGAAAGGGGGAAUGAAAACAGAAGUUAAGCAGUUAUGGAAUUCAAAAGGUGAAUCAUGCCCACAAGGAACAAUUCCAAUAAGAAGGCAAACAGAAAGUGAGAUUUUGAGAUCCAAUUCUAUUUCCAAAUUUGGGAAAAAACUUCUCAAGAGAAAUUCUAUUUACGUGGGCCAUGAGCAUGCAAUUGGGUAUGUAAGAGGAGGAGAAUAUUAUGGAGCAAAAGCAACUUUAAAUGUAUGGGCUCCGAAUGUUACUAAUUUUGAUGAAUUUAGCGUUUCGCAAAUUUGGGUUAGUUCUGAAGUUCCAAAUCAUUUUGCUCAGACGGUUGAAGCUGGUUGGCAGGUACCUCCAACAAUCCACGGAGACGGUUUGCCAAGAUUUUUCACUUACUGGACUAACGAUGGAUAUCAAUCUGGAUGCUAUGAUUUGCUUUGUGCGGGAUUCGUCCAAACAACUCAUGAGUUUUGCCUUGGUGCUAGUAUUGCUCCAAUUUCAACGUACAAUAGUAACCAGUUUGAUAUCACAAUAUUAAUCUGGAAGGAUCCGGGACAUGGAAAUUGGUGUUUGAUGGUGGGAAACAUUCAAGUUGGAUAUUGGCCUAAAGAAUUGUUCACAGACCUUCAUGAUCAUGCAGCUAAGAUUGAAUUCGGGGGAGAGGUGUAUAAUACUAGUCCUGAAGGUCCACAUACAACAACUCAAAUGGGUAGUGGUAAUUUCUCGAGUGAAGGGUUUGGGAAAGCAGCAUAUAUUAAUAACAUUCAAAUGGUUGAUCAAAAUAAUAUGUUACAUCCAGUUUCAGAUUUGCAAUUGUUUGCAGAGAACAUGAAUUGUUAUGAUUUUAGUAAUGGGUACAGUAGCAAUUGGGGUAAUUAUAUAUUUUUUGGAGGCCCUGGAAGUAAUCCAAAUUGUCCCUAA